CACGCUGUGAGUUUAGCAAGUUUUAGGACUAAUUUUGUGUCCGCGGGUUAACAAAACACUCCAGGGAAGGAGAGGAGAGGACUGAGGGAAGGUGUUUGGCACAGAGGAGCUGGAAAGCGGGUGGUUUGUGUUCUUAAAUCUUGCUGGUCGUUUACAUUUUUCCUAGAGAGACAACACGUUCAGAGCAAAGCCAGAAGUAGGACACACACAUCAUGUCUGUCCAUUUCAGUCCAGGGUCGGAUUCAGGUGUAAAUGGAAACGUAGCAAAGAUGGAGGAUGCUAAAGUGGAGAUCGAUGAUGGAAAGGAGGAGAGUGUGGUGCCAGACACAAUGUACCACAAUAUCCGGAAGAAGAUAUCACCAUUUGUUAUGUCCUUCGGAUUCCGUAUAUUUGGAAUGAUAUUGAUCCUAGUGGACAUUGUCCUGGUGAUUGUGGACAUAUCCCUGCCAGCCAAGAACAGAGAGGUUGGAGAUGCGUUAGAGGCUGUGUCCCUCGUCAUCUCCUUCUUCUUUCUCCUCGACGUUCUCCUGCGGGUCUAUGUGGAAGGGUUCAAAGUGUACUUCAGCUCCAAGCUGAACAUCGUAGAUGCCUGUGUUGUGGUAAUCACCCUGGUGGUCACCAUGAUCUACACCUUCACUGACUUCUCGGGCGUCAAUAUCAUCCCCAGGGUGGUGACGUUUCUUCGUUUCCUGAGAAUAAUAAUCCUGGUGAGGGUUUUCAGACUGGCAGCUCAGAAGAAAGAGCUGGAGAAGGUCACCAGGAGGAUGGUUUCUGAGAACAAGCGACGUUAUCAGAAGGAUGGAUUUGACCUUGACCUUACCUAUGUCACAGACCGGGUCAUCGCCAUGUCUUUCCCCUCUUCUGGGAAGCAGUCCUUCUAUAGGAAUCCAAUUGAGACCGUGGCCAGAUUCCUGGACACUAAACAUGAAGGCCACUAUAAAGUUUACAACCUGUGCAGUGAGAAAGGUUACGACCCUCAGUUCUUCCACUACAAAGUUGAGCGGGUUUUCAUUGAUGACCACAACGUCCCCUCCCUGGAGGACAUGCUGAAAUACACAGCAAACGUGAGGGAGUGGAUGUCCGCCGAUCCCAAGAACAUCAUUGCAAUUCACUGUAAAGGAGGGAAAGGACGCACAGGUACCAUGGUGUGCGCCUGGCUUAUUGACAGUGACCAGUUUGAGAGUGCACAGGACAGUCUGGAGUAUUUCGGUGAGAGGAGGACAGACAAGAGUCGGAGCUCCAAGUUUCAGGGAGUAGAGACUCCCUCUCAGAGCCGGUACGUGGGGUACUAUGAAAUCAUGAAAACCAAGUUCGACAGACAGCUGCCUCCACCUAAAAGCCUCAGGAUCAAGAGCAUCCGCAUCCACUCCAUAGCAGGUGUGGGUAAAGGUGAUGGCAGCGAUCUCAAGGUGAAGAUUAUUGUGAGAAAAGAGCUGGUAUUUCAAUGUGUGUGUGCCAAACGGGAGAACUGCACAGUAUUUCCCGACAUGGGCAGUAAUGCAGUAGUCAUCAGCCUACAGGACGGGCCUGUGGUUGAAGGAGAUGUGAAGGUCAUGUUUGAAUCAAGUGCUGGUCUUCCAAAAGGAUAUGAAGAUGUUCCAUUCUACUUCUGGUUCAACACCUCCUUCAUAGAGGAUAACAAACUGUUUCUACCCAGGGAGGAACUGGACAACCCACACAAACCCAAGACCUGGGACCUGUACAAGAACGACUUUGGUGUCACCAUGUUCUUCUCAGAACCAUAAUAAAAGCCCUUUUGAACAAUAAGGAAGAGAAAAUGGCUUGUUACAGUUGUACAUUUAAUGAUGGGUGGUGAGCAGAGACUAGUAGAUCUAAUACCAACUGAAGAAAUGAACGAGAGCUCAAUGCUAAAUUUAAAGAGGCAUAAAUUACCUCCACCACCAGUUACCUCCACCAAGUCAAAUCAUGUAGACUGCAGUGUUGCUCAUGACCUGAAAUGUAUAAGAAGAGAUAUGCGAGUUAGUAGCAUCAAAUAUUUAGUAACGUCUUCCAGUGAAUCAGUUGAUAUCUGUAUAUGUGACUCUUGUAUGUCUUAAAAUAACACUGAAAUAUCUAAAAAAGAAUCAGAAAAACAUUUGCACCUGAUAAAACUAUAAUGCUGGAGCAAGUCAUCCCCUCUGAACAAUUUAGUCAAAUUGAAACUAGCCAUUUUGUAAUGUACCACGUCUAGCUAUGUCUUUAUGUACUGAGUGGUUGAUUAGUGGAUGGAAUCAAACCUGGGUGUACUCUGUGAGGCAGCAGUGGAAACCACAGGGGAGUUUACAAGAACAAAGGAUGACAUGAGAAACAGUACCAAGUUUUCUUAUGUAGAGGCUCAUAGAAUGAUGUGACACAGCUCCAGCUUAUGUGUGAUGGGACAGCUCCAGCUUAUGUUUUGGAGGCAGCAGGAAUUGAAGACAUCUGUAGCUUUAUUUGGUUUGAAAGUUUUUGUGAGAAAGGGGCGAAAUUUGUGUAAAUAUUGCCAAUAAAAGGGAUUAUAUGCUGUGAA